AUGGCGACUUUCACUGAAGAGGAAUUUGAACAACUACUUCGUGAUUUCGAGGAUAAUGCUCCCAGUGAUUUCGGACAAAAUUUGUGUAGCAAUACAGAUCUCUUUGAAGUUGAGUUGCCACAAUCUCUGAAUUUUAACACAACUCCUUGUCCUAUGGACACUACUCAAACUCUGGAGGUACAGCUGGCGGAAACACAAAAGGAUGCAUUUGAAGAUUCAAUGAAGACAAUGGAUAAACUUGUGCAAUUACAUGCAGAACUUCGCUCAAUGAAGAGGUAA